AUGGAGUUCAAGAUGAGAACUCUAAUUUCUCUUCUAGUCUUGUUUAUAUUCACUGUUCUUCUCUCAACUCAAGCAUUUGCAGCCAAAAAGCCUUAUAUUGUUUAUCUUGGUGCUCACUCCUCAAACACAACGGAUGAGGUUGCUGUAAAUUCUCACCAUGAGCUCUUAGGAUCAAUCUUGAAAAGCAAGGAGAAGGCCAAAGAUGCAAUCUACUACUCAUACACAAAGGAAAUCAAUGGAUUUGCUGCAAACAUGGAUGAGCAUGAAGCCAAUGAGCUAUCAAUGCAUCCAAGUGUUGUAUCAGUGUUUCCAAGUAAAACUCUCAAGCUUCACACAACUCAUACAUGGCAAUUCCUUGGGCUUGAGAGGGGUGACUCUAGCGAGAUCCCAGACUCAUCCUUGUGGAAAAAGGCGAGGUUCGGAGAAGAUGUGAUCAUAGGAACCAUUGACACAGGUGUUUGGCCUGAAUCUAAGAGCUUUAGAGAUGACGGCAUGGGUCCAAUUCCAUCAAGAUGGAAAGGAAUCUGUGACAAUGGCAGCGAUGAAACGUUCAAUUGCAACAAGAAGCUAAUAGGUGCAAGGUACUUCUACAAAGGCUACUUAGCACAUUCUCAAAACUUUAGUGGGGACAUCAUCAAAAGUCCCCGUGACAACAUAGGCCAUGGCAGCCACACACUCUCCACCGCGGCCGGGGCCUUUGUCACCAAUGCAAGUUACUUUGGCUAUGCUAAUGGCACUGCAAAGGGAGGCUCACCACGAGCCCGUGUCGCCGCCUAUAAAGUGUGUUAUAUGAAUGGAUGCGACGAAUCUGAUGUUCUUGCUGCAUUUGACAAAGCCAUACAUGACCGUGUCGAUGUACUUUCUUUGUCUCUCGGCGGUAUGCAGAGGGAUUACUUUGAAGAUUCACUUGCCAUUGGAGCAUUUCAUGCCGUCUUGAAGGGUAUCCCAGUUGUUUGUUCAGCCGGAAAUGAUGGUCCAUUCCCGGGGAGUGUGACAAAUGUGGCACCGUGGAUUCUCACUGUUGGAGCAAGCACCGUCGAUAGAGAAUUCCCUUCAUAUCUUUUAUACAAUCGAACACGCGUCAUGGGAGCGAGCUAUUCUGAUAGCUAUCUGGACCAAAAAUUAUACCCAAUGAUCAAUUCAGUAGAUGCACAAGCUAAAAAUGCAACAGAAGAUUAUGCGAGGCAUUGCUUGGUGGGUUCUUUAGACCCAAAGAAGGUGAAAGGCAAGAUUGUUGUAUGUCUGAUAGGCGUGAAUGAUAGAAUUCAAAAGGGCCUUGUAGUGAAAAAUGCAGGAGGUGUUGGAAUGGUCCUAGCAAAUGAUGAACUCUAUGGUGAUGAACCCAUACCUGAUCCACAUUUCCUUCCUGCCAUCAAUAUCGGUUAUUCGGACGCAAACAAGCUAUACUCCUACCUAAAUUCUACCAAGUCUCCAAAAGGUUAUAUUUCAUGUGGUAAAACAAGCCUUGGCAAGAAGAUAGCACCGGUAAUAGCCGAGUUCUCAUCUCUAGGGCCAAACAUCAUCAAUCAAGAGAUCAUCAAGCCAGAUGUCACUGCACCUGGUGUCGAUAUUCUUGCUGCCUAUCCAGAGGUUGCAAAUCCAACCGACGAGUGGUCAAAUACUCGUCGGACUUCUUACGCUCUUUUAUCAGGCACAUCAAUGUCUUGCCCUCACGUUGCUGGUCUCGUCGGUCUUCUCAAAACCCUAAACCCUGAUUGGAGUCCUGCCAUGAUCAAGUCAGCAAUCAUGACAACCGCAACGACACUAGAUAACAGGAUGCAGUCCAUUAAGAAUUCCUUCUACCAAACGGCGACACCAUUUAGUUAUGGAUCUGGGCAUGUAAAAUCAAACAGUUUAACAGAUCCUGGACUGGUCUAUGAUAUCACUCUUAAAGAUUACUUCAACUUCUUGUGCUCUUUUGGUUACAAUAAAACAGUAAUGAAUUUAUUCACUGAUGAGUACUCAUGCCCUUCAAAACCGAUGAAAUUUGAAGACUUGAACUAUCCUUCCAUCUCCAUCCCUUUGCUCAAUAGUACGAUAACGGUAACCAGAACGGUGACCAAUGUCGGGCCUCCGGGCAAGUACAAGGUCAUUGUCUUUGAUCCGAAGGGCGCAUCGGUCACUGUCAAACCGUCGGAGCUUGAGUUUGAGAAGUUUGGAGAAGAGAAAAGCUUUGAGGUGUCAAUGGAGGUGAAUGCAGAUGAACCAUUCAGUGGCUUCUCGUUUGGAAAGCUUGAAUGGACUGAUGGAAUACGCCAUGUGAGAAGUCCUUUGGUAGUUUACAUUUGAGAAAUUAGUUAGUUCCUUUUAGUUUAGUGUUAGAUGAUGAUGAUGAUGAUGAUGAUGAUGAUGAUGAUGAUGAUU